AUGGUAUAUUCCCCAGAAUUAAGCAAUGCAAUUCUGCAUUUCGAUGCCAAUGUCAGUCAGUCAUCACUAUACUAUGGCGAAUAUCUCGCCCUAGAGGAGAUUGCCAAACGUGAAAACCAGUUUCCAUCGAUACCCAUAUUAAAGAGAAAGCUAGCAGUGGCCCAAUUAUCUCCUGAAGAGUUGGCGUUCUGGAGAAGAUCGGCCGACCUGGAAGAAAGUCUAUUCCUUCUCAGAUUCUACAAAAAUGAGUUUCCUACAACACAGACAUGGCUAGAUUACCUCAAUGCGAUUGAACCCACAGAACCGGAGCUUCUUCGAGCAUUCGCUGAUUGCGGAACGGACUAUAAAAGUGGCUAUAAUGUUUUCAUCAAACUUCGAGAACUAUAUUCCUCGGAAGGAAAUACCGAAAAGUUGCAAAAAUUGUACGAACGGAUGCUAUCUAUACCCCACGCUCAAAUCGAGGAGACUUACCAGGACUUCUCCCAAUUUAUAUCUGCAACGUUUCCUGACUCUUAUCUGAGUCUAAUGAAGAAUGCCAGUCUGGCCAAGAAAGCGUGUGAGGUGACAAUACCUUACUAUAUAAAGCUUGAGCAGAACAUUGCUGAUGACCCAUUGAACCCACAGCAUUGGAUCACAUACAUCGAGUCAUGCGCCAAACAUAUGUUGAAAAACGCUUCAUUCGUAUCAAUUGAGGAAAUAUUCUUCAGAUCCCUCAUAGAAGCUUCGAAGGUAUGUGAUGAUUCGUGGCUACCUGUUUGGAAGUCUUUUCUCAGUAUCGUGGAGCAGUAUGGAGAGUCACGUCUUCCACACUUCACUAAAUUGUUCAUUAAGUGCUUUCCAGAGCUCCCAGAGGGAUCCAUUGCAUUGAACAAAUUGGAUCUUGAAGAGGACGAGUUCAACCGAUUGAGGUCGGAGCUUCUUCGUUUGGUGGACCUCUUCAAAACUGACAAUAACUGGAAGCAACUCGCGACUAAUUUGCUUCUCGGAGAUUUCAAGCAAUGUGCCAAGGUGCUGGAAACCUGGGCAUCAAUUUUUCUCGAGGACAUCAACACCAUCGCGUCCACAGCUUUCUCCAGGGAGGACGGCUUCGAAGUAUUGCAGUUAGCAAUUACAUUGGCAAGGAGAUGUUCGACUGGCGAGGAUGCUUUCUUCGAUUUAUUCGUCGACUUGACCACUGCAUCUUUUGAUAAAUGGGCCCAUUCUGCAAAAGUUUGGGUAUUCUGCUUUCAGCUUCUCGCAUUGUAUGGCCCGCCAAAAUAUGGCAAGCGUAUGCUCAAACUACUUCCAGAGGAUUUGCCAGAUCUCGAUGACCCCAAGCUAGCCCUUGAUGCUGCUAUCGCUCAUCAAGCUAUGCAUGGUCUGGCAGAGGAGAUCCAGCUGCUUUUGGACUUACUCGAAAAGACCAACCCACGUCUUGUACAUACCCCGCCAAAGAUGGAUAUAAAGAGAACCAACGAUGAAGAGCUUGAGGGGCCAGGGCAAAAGAAAGUCAGACUGGAGAGCAAGGCAGAGGAGGCAAAUGAAGACGCUUCACGAAACCGUGAAAUGUUUAGGGUGAAGGUGGAGAAUCUACCACUCUCCGCUGAUCAGGGCGAAGUUGCAGAAUUCUUCCAAGGCUACUGUGAUCCACUCACCAUUGACGUAUUCUCAACAGUUCAGGGGAACUUUGCAUUGGUUGAGCUCAACUCAGAGGAGGAGGUCAUGAAAGCUUUGGUCAGGGACCAGAAAGCUAUUGGAGACUCUAUCGUGACGGUGAAGCGUAUUUUUGGAAACACCUUGUGGCUUACCAACUAUCCAUCUCACUGGGGAUCUUCAGAUGUCGAAAGCUUCUUAAAAGCUCAAGAGUUGUUGGUUCUCAGUGUAAGGUUUCCUUCUCAAAGCGACAAACGUGAGAAAAGGUUCUGUUACAUCGAUUUCCCGGAUACAACUGCUACCCAGCUGGCACAGGCUCAGCUCGAUCAGUUGUCGGUGGAAGGUCAUCUGUUGAAGGCUGAUAUUUCGAACCCCUCUCUCAAACACAAGCGAAGUGGACCUAAUGUGGCUUACCAAGUGUACGUUCAUAACAUCAACUUUGAGGUGACUACUGAGGAGACUUUGCGCCAAUUCUUUAGUGAAAUUGGAAGGGUUGAAGAUGUGAAGGUCCCCCUCAACGAGACCAAUAAAGCAAAAGGUUUUAAGAACAACGGGUAUGCGUUUGUUACGUUCUCCGAUGUCAAGGACGUCAAGAAAGCCCUUGAUGCAAACGAGACGGUUUUGGAUGGCCGGACCAUUCAUGUCUCGAAAGGAAAAUCAAAACAGGCAAUGCAAAGCUCUCCACUGCAGUUCAACGUCAAGAAAACCAUUGCCUUAUUCAACGUGAACAGCAUUAGCACCAAAGCUCACCUUGAGGAGUUUUUGCAGAACCGUGUGGGUUCCACCACCAAGGUGUUUUUGAAGCCUAGUAAGCGUGCAGCACUUGUCGAAUUUGAAAAAGAGUCUGAUGCUGGGAAAGCCAGUUUAUCGCUAGAGGGAACCCUCUUUGACGAAGAAGUGCUUCAUGUGGGCUCUAAAGACGACUUCUUCAAGCAAGAAAACGACCAAAAACCAGCAAAGAAGACUACCAUGGCUCCUCCGAUGCUUAUGAGAAGAAAAAGACGUGCUACUAUCAAACUCGAGAAGACCGAUAGGAGGGACACACUUGUGGAGAUCGAGAAGAAGUACCAGAAGUACUGGGCUGACAACAAGUUCUUCGAAGUCGAUGCCCCCACUAUCGAGGAAGAUCCAGAGGAUGAUGCCGAUAAGUUGAGAGAAAAGUACCCCAAGUACUUCUCCACCAUGGCUUACCCAUACAUGAACGGUGUCUUGCACGCUGGUCACAGUUUCACUUUGUCUAAGGUGGAGUUUGCCACUGGUUUCGAGAGAAUGGAAGGUAAGAGGGCUCUCUUCCCAUUGGGUUUCCACUGUACCGGUAUGCCAAUUAAGGCUGCUGCUGACAAGAUCAAGAGAGAGGUUGAGCAGUUCGGUGCCGACUUCUCUGGUGCUCCAGCUGAAGACGAAGAUGAGGAGCCAGUUCCUGUCAAGGAAGCUGCUAAGAGCGAGGACCCCACCAAGUUCAAGGCUAAGAAGUCCAAGGCUGUUGCCAAGCAGGGCAGAGGCAAGUACCAGUUUGAGAUUAUGGUGCAAUUGGGUCUUUCCAAGGAGGAGGUUGCCGCUUUUGCCGACCCUCAACAUUGGCUUCAUUUCUUCCCUGCUCUUGUUGAGAGAGACGUGAACAACUUUGGUGGUAGAGUCGACUGGAGAAGAUCUUUUGUCACCACUCCAGCUAACGCCUACUACGAUGCUUUUGUCCGCUGGCAAAUCAACCGUUUGAAGGACUGCGGCAAGAUCAAGUUCGGUGAGAGAUACACCAUCUACUCCGAGAAGGACGGUCAGGCUUGUUUGGACCACGACAGAUCCAGCGGUGAGGGAGUCAACCCACAAGAGUACGUUGGUAUCAAGAUCCCAGUGGAUGAGUUCCAGCCAGAAGCCCAGAAGGUGUUUGAGGAGAAUAACUUUGAUCUCUCCAAGAACAAGGUCUUCUUGGUCGCUGCCACCUUGAGACCCGAGACCAUGUACGGUCAGAGUUGUUGUUUUGUCUCUCCAAAGAUCAACUACGGUGUGUUCAAGGCCGCCGAGGGUGUGUACUAUAUCACCACCGAAAGAGCUUUCAAGAACAUGUCUUUCCAGAAAUUGACCCCAACUAGAGGUGACUACACUGCCGCUUUGCACAUAAACGGUUCUGCUCUUGUUGGAUCCAAGAUUUCCCCACCUUUGGCUCAGCUCAAGAACCUCCGUGUGCUCCCUAUGGAGACCAUCUUGCCUAACAAGGGUACUGGUGUUGUGACCUGUGUUCCUUCUGACUCCCCAGAUGACUACAUCACCGUCAAGGACUUGUCCAACAAGGCUGACUUCUACAAGAUUGAGAAAGAGUGGGUCAACACCGAGAUUGUUCCAAUCUUGAAGACUGAGAAGUUCGGUGACAAGUCUGCCGAGUUCUUGUGUAAGGAGUUGAAGAUUCAGUCUCCCAAGGAUACCGUGCAGUUGGCCAAGGCUAAGGAGCAGGCCUACAAGGAAGGUUUCUACAGCGGUGUCAUGGUCAUUGGUAAGUACUCUGGCGAGAAGGUCGAGGAUGCUAAGCCUAAGGUUAAGGCUGACUUGAUCGCUUCCGGUGAGGCUUUCGUUUACAACGAGCCUGAGGGUCAGGUCGUCUCCAGAUCUGGUGAUGAGUGCUGUGUCUCCUUGGAGGACCAGUGGUACAUUGAUUACGGUGAAGAGUCCUGGAAGAACCAGGCUUUGGAGUGUUUGGAGCACAUGGAGACCUUCUCCAAGGAGACCAGACACGGCUUCGAGGGUGUCUUGGACUGGUUGAAGAACUGGGCUCUUACCAGAACUUACGGUUUGGGUACCAAGUGUCCAUGGGAUGACUCUCAGUUGAUCGAGUCCUUGUCUGACUCCACGAUAUACAUGGCUUACUACACCAUCGCUCGUUUCUUGCACUCGGACUACUACGGCUCUAAGCCUGGUAAGUUCACCAUCAAGCCCGAACAGAUGACUGACGAGGUGUUUGACUACAUCUUCACCAGACGUGAGGACAUCAAGUCUGACAUUCCAAAGGAGCAGUUGCAGGCCUUGAGAAGAGAGUUUGAGUACUUCUACCCAUUGGAUGCCAGAAUCAGUGGUAAGGAUUUGAUUCCAAACCACUUGACUUUCUUCAUCUACUGCCACACUGCCCUCUUCCCCAAGAAGUUCUGGCCAAGAGGUGUUAGAGCCAACGGUCACUUGAUGUUGAACAACGCCAAGAUGUCCAAGUCUACUGGUAACUUCUUGACCUUGCUGCAGAUUGUCGAGAAGUUUGGUGCUGACGCCUCCAGAAUUGCCUUGGCUGACGCUGGUGACACUGUUGAGGAUGCCAACUUCGAUGAGGCCAACGCCAAUGCUGCUAUUUUGCGUUUGACCACCUUGAAGGAAUGGUGUGAGGAGAUCAAGGCUACUCAGGACACCUUGAGAACCGGUCCUAAGGACUCCUUCUUCGACAAGGCGUUCGACAAUGAAAUGAACCACUUGGUGGAACAGGCUUACGAGCAGUACCUGGCCACCAACUACAAGGCUGCCCUUAAAUACGGUUUGUUCGACUUCCAGACCUCCAGAGACUACUACAGAGACUCUGUGUCUGGUGCUGGUAUGCACAAGGACCUUGUGUUCAAGUACAUCGAGAACCAGGCCUUGUUGCUUGCCCCAGUGGCCCCCCACUUUGCCGAGUUCUUGUACAAGGACAUCUUGGGUAAGGACGGUUCUGUCCAGAACGCUAGAUUCCCUAGAGCCUCUGAGCCAGUUUCUCAGGGCUUGUUGGACUCUCUUGAGUAUGUGAAGGAGUUGGCCAGAGCUGUUCGUGAGGCUGAAUCCACUGUGUUGAAGUCCAAGAAGGGUAAGGCCGAGGUUGACGCUUCUAAGCCUGCCAACUUGACAUUGCUCGUUUCCACGUCUUUCCCCGACUGGCAGGAGCAGUACAUUGACUUUGUCAGACAGUUGUUCGAGAGCAACUCUUUGAACGACAACAAGUUGAUCAAGGAGAAGGUUGGAAAGGACAUGAAGCGUGCCAUGCCAUUCAUCCAGUUCUUGAAGCAGAGAUUGGUGAAGGAGGACCCCAAGACGGUGUUCAACCGUGAGUUGACUUUCAACGAGGGCGAGUUGGUGAAGCAGGUUUUGAGCAACAUCCAGAAGUCGACUACGACGCUCAAGAUUGAGAACUUGAAGGUGGUUACUUUCCCUCACGGCGAGAAGAAGGGUACGGAUAUCACCACUGGUGAGGAAGUGGAGAUCACAGCUACGGGCAAGGUUGUGGAUGCUGCUGUUCCUGGCCAACCAGGCAUUUUGAUAAAAAACGUCGAGUAG